UAUUUUUACUGGUUUAUGUGGCAUAUUGCCUUUCACCACAUCCUCCCACAUCAAUUUCAGCUUUGAGUUCGCAGUCAUUUAAAAAUCCAAAUCAAUAAAACAUUCAAAAACACACAUCACUAUUGAGAAAGAGAAACUGUGUAAAACCAGCAUGUCAUUAGAGGAACUUCCUCUGGAUGCUAUAAAUUCAGUUUUGUUUGCAAACUGUCAGGCGGCGUACUUCCUCUCAUCAAGAGGUUUCCUGAGUCUAACAGUCAUGCCUGAAGAUUAACUGCCAUCAACACACGAGGGAAGUCGCACAUGCUUCUUAAGGUGGAGAAAACAAUCAUGAAUGGUUCGCAACCGGGCACCGUCAAAAUGGACAAUGCCACCUUGGCUAUGUUUGACAACAAAUUAACCAGUGAUAUUGUGUCAGCCGUCUAUGUCAUUGUGACUCUGUUCAACCUCAGCGGUAACGGCGUGUCUCUGUUUCUGCUGCUGAUGCGCACCUCUCCGAAAACCCCCUCCAUCAUCUUCAUGAUCAACCUCACCCUCACUGACCUGAUACUAGGCACUGUGCUCCCCUUUCAGAUUGUGUACCAAAUGCAAGGCUACAACUGGACUUUGGGCACGGGCAUGUGCAAUGUACUGACUGUGGUAUUCUACGCCAACAUGUACUGCUCCAUUUUAUCCAUGACUGCGAUUAGUGCCGACCGCUACCUGGGGAUUGUGAAACCGAUGCGUUUCAGAGAGAGGAGGGAGAAGAAAGCAUUUGCAAUUAUUGCCUGUGUACUGAUGUGGCUGCUGGUCCUUGUCAUUCUGAGCCCUCUGGAAACAACAAACCUGACAUAUUAUGUACAUGAGCGCAAUAUUACAACAUGCUUUGACAUAUUGAAGAAGGACAUGCUCCCUAGCGUCGCUCACUGGGCGGGAUUCCUGUUCGGCAUGUUCAUCAUCCUCUUCCUCUGUCCGUUCAUCAUAACGGUGUAUUGCUAUGUUAACAUCAUCCGUGUCCUGGUCAGAAAGACCAAUAGUCAACAGAAAGGCCGCGCUGUGCGCCUGGCGUGCAUUGUCCUGUUUGUGUUCAUCUUUUGUUUUGCUCCCAAUAACAUAUUGCUCUUGGCCCACUCAAUCUCAAGGCUGUACUUCGACAAAUCUCUCUAUAUCUAUUACAAACUCUCGCUGUCUCUUAGCUGCAUUAAUAGUUGCGUAGAUCCAUUUAUUUAUUAUUUCGCAUCUAAAGAGUUUCGCCGGAAGCUAAGGCAAAUUCUGCGGUUGCAGACUCUCAGCACUGGUGAGACUCAAAUGAUUGAGGGUCACAGAGAAAGCUUUUUCUCUGGACGUUCAACGUACAAUGCAAAUGAAGACUGUGACAAUUAUUAACAUUUCUCUUUUUUUUGUACGGUCUCUGCUACUUUUUAUGUUUUUAAGAUUAUGGGGGAAAUGUCAUAGGAAUCAGAAAAUGUCAUGAUUCUCGCACUGUUUCUAAAUGUGUCAGAGCACAAGCGCUUACCGCUAGGCCACGGCUCUGACACAGUGUUUUAGCAUUUAUAAGAAUCUAUUUAAUUCGAAUUCAUACCACUUCCCAUAU